CCAAGAGAUUUCGACAUGGACAGUGGAGAAACCACAACCACUUAUGACUACAGUGAUGGCGCACCCUGUCACAAACCCAGCGUGAAGCAACUCGGAGCCCAGCUCCUGCCUCCGCUCUACUCGCUGGUGUUCAUCUUCGGUCUAGUGGGCAACAUGCUGGUCGUCCUCGUUCUGAUAAACUGCAAAAAGCUCAGGAGCCUGACUGACAUCUACCUGCUCAACCUGGCCAUCUCCGACCUGCUUUUCCUUCUCACCGUCCCUUUCUGGGCUCACUACGCUGCAAAUGGGUGGGUACUGGGAAAUACGAUGUGUAAAUUAUUUGCCGGGCUGUAUCAAAUCGGCUAUUUUGGUGGAAUCUUCUUCAUCAUUCUCCUAACAAUUGAUAGGUACCUGGCUAUCGUCCAUGCUGUGUUUGCUUUAAAAGCCAGGACAGUCACCUUUGGGGUGGUGACAAGUGGGGUCACCUGGAUGGUGGCUGUGUUAGCCUCUGUCCCAGGAAUCAUUUUUACUAAAUUCCAUGAAGAAGAUUCUCACUACCUCUGUGGGCCUUACUUUCCACUAGAGUGGAAGAAUUUUUAUACAAUAAUGAGAAACGUCUUGGGGCUGGUCCUGCCCCUGCUCGUCAUGGUCAUCUGCUACUCGGGAAUCCUGAAAACCCUGCUUCGGUGUCGAAAUGAGAAGAAGAGGCACAAGGCCGUGAGGCUCAUCUUCGCCAUCAUGCUCGUCUACUUCCUCUUCUGGACCCCCUACAACAUCGUUGUCCUCUUAAGCACCUUCCAGGGAUUCUUCGGCCUGAGUAACUGUGAGAGCAUCAUUGGACUGGACCGAGCCAUGCAGGUGACAGAGACCCUCGGGAUGACGCACUGCUGCAUCAACCCCAUCAUCUACGCCUUUGUCGGGGAGAAGUUCAGGAGGUAUCUCUCGGUAUUUUUCCGAAAGUACAUCGCCAAACACCUCUGCAAACAAUGCCCGGUUCUCUACGGGGAGACAGCGGAUCGAGCCACCUCAACAUACACCCCUUCCACUGGGGAGCAGGAAGUCUCGGCUGGCUUGUAA